AGAUCCUGCUGAACAAGAGAUACCCUUUUUGGGUGAGGGCGGUAAAAAUUGCGGCCGAAAUCUCCAUUUUCAGGAUUCCUUCUGCCGACAGCGAUGUCACCCCACGUGAAGCUCAGCAGACUUGAGAGCGGCCACAUCGAGCUCACGAGGAGGAGGGGCCAGAGUCGGUCACCGUAGCGGCAAAUCGUUUCUUCAAAAAGGCUGAUAAAUAUCCACAACGAUGAAUCUCUUGAAUAUGGACGCGGAGAACCGCGUGGUUCUCAAUGUGGGGGGAAUCCGCCAUGAGACCUACAAGGCGACCCUGAAGAAGAUCCCAGCGACGCGCCUCUCCCGGCUGACAGAGGCGCUCGCCAACUACGACCCGGUGCUCAACGAGUACUUCUUCGACAGGCAUCCAGGGGUCUUCGCGCAGGUCCUCAACUAUUAUAGGACCGGCAAGCUCCACUACCCCACAGACGUCUGCGGGCCGCUGUUCGAAGAGGAGCUGGAGUUCUGGGGGCUGGACGCUAACCAGGUGGAGCCUUGCUGCUGGAUGACCUAUACGCAGCAUCGAGACACCCAAGAGACUCUUGCUGUACUGGAUCGCUUAGACCUUGACACCGAGAAGCCCUCGGACGAAGAGGUGGCGAGGAAAUUUGGUUUCGAGGAGGAUUACUACAAUGGCACAGUAUCGUGGUGGCAACAACUGAAACCACAGAUGUGGUCGUUAUUUGAUGAACCAUACAGCUCUAAUGCUGCUAAGAUAAUUGGAGUGAUAUCAGUGUUUUUCAUAUGCGUAUCCAUAAUAUCGUUUUGUCUGAAAACACAUCCUGACAUGAGGGUACCAGUGAUUAGAAACUACACAGUCACCACAGCCAAUCAGACGCAGAGUUGGGCAUUGGACAAAGUGCAGACGAACGCUCACAUAGCGUUCUUCUACAUCGAGUGCGUUUGCAAUGCUUGGUUCACUCUCGAGAUCCUUGUUAGAUUCAUAUCGUCUCCUAACAAGUGCGAAUUCGUCAAAUCUUCGGUCAACAUCAUCGACUACAUCGCCACCAUGAGCUUCUACAUCGAUCUGAUCCUCCAGAAGUACGCCUCACACGUCGAGAACGCUGACAUUCUGGAGUUCUUCUCUAUAAUCAGGAUCAUGAGAUUAUUCAAGCUCACCAGACACUCGUCGGGUCUCAAAAUCUUAAUCCAGACCUUUAGGGCGUCUGCCAAAGAAUUGACAUUAUUGGUGUUUUUCUUAGUGCUGGGUAUAGUGAUUUUUGCGAGUUUGGUGUAUUACGCGGAGAGAAUACAAACGAAUCCUCACAAUGACUUUAAUAGUAUCCCUCUGGGACUUUGGUGGGCGCUGGUUACCAUGACAACUGUAGGGUAUGGUGAUAUGGCGCCGAAGACUUAUGUGGGGAUGUUUGUUGGUGCCUUGUGUGCGUUGGCUGGUGUACUGACGAUAGCUCUCCCCGUACCAGUCAUCGUCUCCAACUUCGCUAUGUACUACUCCCACACACAGGCCAGGGCGAAGUUGCCCAAGAAACGGCGGCGAGUCAUCAACGUUGAACCUACGAGACCUCCGAUGCGCACGCCAGGCGCGCCUGGAGCACCCGGGACAGGGCCUUUACCGCCAGGGAUGGCUCCACAAGCAAUAAAUCGUAGGAUGAAUGCAAUUAAAUCAAACCAUCCCAAAGAUAUGAUGGGACCUAACAUGGUCGCAACACUGAUGCCAGGAAUGGAUCUCUCAGUUACAACUCGACUAAGCCCGAGUCCACGAGAUAUGAGUCCUGCUCUAGCCAUCGCGUUACCAAUGAUGAAGUCUGUUAAUAUAGUCCCAGCGCAAUGCUUCGACAAUAUGGCUUUCCAUGAAGAAAAAACUGAAGAUCAACGUACAGACAGUGCUAAAAGUAGUAAAGUAUCGAUUAGACAAGAAUCUUUAGAAAGCGAUAACACUAUCAGAGUCAACAACUUUAAAAAUGAACGUUAUAUUGGUAAAAGUGAAGAAAAAAUUGACGCUAGAACACCUCUACUGAGAGACCAUAAGAUUGAAUCUCUGGAUGAAAGCAAACUACGUGAGGACAAAGUGGAAAAAAGGAAAUCAUCAGCUUCUACAUAAUAAAAACUCAUUAACAAAUUUCGUACUACCGUUAAAGUAAAAUUGAAACCAACGAGACCAAUAGUAUACUAAGGAUUUCUUUCCUAAAACGCUAAUACUGUCCCUUUCCCUUGUAAUAAUAAAUUUAAAUAGUACCGUGUAAUUUUUUUAAUAUAGUAGAAGAGGAAAACUUUAAUCUAUCGAAGCCGAACAAGAUACCUAUGAGUUUAAAUUUGAUCGGCAAUAAAGAUCCUUUUUUUUAUUAAGUAUGUUUUAAUAAUAUAGACUAUUUGAGGCAUUAUAUUAUUACUGAAACUAAAGUGAGAUAGCGUACUGCUUUUACGGGACUAACUGUUGCUAAUGAAGAUAAAGGAUAGGACACAGUGCUAUAACUCUAUGUUAAUGGUAUGUAAUCUAAUGUAUUGUCUUAAGAUCAAUAUACAAAGGCCGUGAUAAUUGUAAGUUAGCUUAUAUACGGUUAACACUUAAUUUUCACUUACAUUUUAGUAUAUAGUUGCCUAUCACGAAUUAGAUUAUAGUCUAAAACCACUUUGACUCGAUUUCUAUAGUAAUUUCAGCUGACAAACAUAUCAUGAGAAUUUAAUGUUUUAUAUUUAUCCAAAUUUCCUGUUUUGCUCCAGAUCCCCUUUGUUCUUUUUGUUUUUGAAACAUUUUAUAUUUUAAUAUUAAUACUUGUUUCUUAUUAAGUACUAAUUGAAGUACAAAAUAUGUAAAAUUAAUUUUAGUUUUUAUCAUUCAGUCUUUACAAUUGAAAGUCGAGUGAAAGUGAUGAUAUCCAGUAUGAAUAGUAAAGAUAAUUUGAACUGCGUUCUAAUCGUGAGUUUUAACAAAAGAUAAAUAUUCUCUGAAGUCGACGUAAAAUUGACUUUAUCGAUCAAAAGAACUCGUUUUCUGUCAAAACGUUUAUGUUAAUACUCACGAUGAAGAAUCAUCAGGACUUGUUACUCGUGAACGUAUAAGUCAAAUGCAAUGCGUUUACUGUCCAUUAGAUCUGAGAAAGAACUUGUUUUUAUUUACCUACAAUAAGAAAUUUAAAUAUUCGUUCAUUAUAAUUUUAAAUGUUCAGUUUGAUCAUUUUGGUUCACCAUCCUCACUGUUUAGAUUUGUAACUAAAAUUCAUCAUCAUUAUCGUCAGCCUAUUAAUGUCCUGGGGCACAAGCCUCCCCUUUGGAUGGAAUAAUAAUAUUGAGCCGUUUGGCAUUGCUAACUAAAAUAAUGUGUAAAGAUAAAUUUGCAGCUAAAGCAUACUGUGUAUUACGACCACUCCUAUUGUGAAAUGCUUUUUAAUAGAUGAGCUACCAGGCUACAGAUAAUAAAUUGCAAAAAAUAACCUCAUUCUCUGUGCAAGUGUAACUGUCUGUCUUUACCUCAGCUGCAAAAUUGACAACACCUUUAAUGAUAUAUUUUGUUUUUUUUUUAAGCAUUUAACUACAAGAUGUUUAAAUCUAGACACUUUUAAUUGCAAAACUGAUUGGACAUUUUGUGAUAAGUGCGAAAAAAUAAAUAAAUAAAACAAUUUCUUUCUCAAUUGUAAAAGUGAGAUUUAUCAUUAAAUGUAAAUAAGGUUUAAAUAGUAGCGUUAAUAAUUUUAUAUCUUAACAGUUAUAUACAAUCACUAGAAAACAUAUCAUCGGCACCUUCUUUCAUUAUUGGUGUUAUAUAUUUGUUUUAAAUGUAUAAAAUGCGACUAUGUUUAUGAUAGAUAAAUAAAUAAUAUAAAAUAAAUAAGGUAGAUAGAAUGCAAAAAAAAAUAUUUCCACGAAAGAACAUCACAAUUUUUGUGUUAAACAGUAAUAUAUAAAUUUUAGGUUCAAACUAAGGAAAAGCCAAUGUGUUAACAUUAAAUUAAAGUUUUCGUUGCAAAGCUAUAUUUAAUUUCAUUAUACGUUAAGUUAAAGAACAUUUUAUGUCUAAAUUUGGGACCCUUGAUGUUUUAAAUUUUUUAAUAAUUAUGGGCAAUGAAUUGAAAUUUAAUAAAAAUAUUUGUGAAUGCUUUGUGUUAUGAUAAAAUAUAAACAUUAUUGUUUAAAAAAAUGUUAGUCACAAUUUUUAUAGGUACGCAUGAAAUGCAAUAAAUUUAAUGUAUAUGUAGAUAGCACAAAACUUAAAUCAUGCUGAAUAUUGUAAAUAAUUUUAGUUUUAAAGACACUAACAAGGUGUCCUCUAAAAUUAAAUUACCUCGUUCCAAUUAGGCAGAAGGGCUGAGUUAAUAUAAUUUCACAGCAUCGCCUGUGUUUGCUAGCAUAAUUUAAACUGUAAGUUUCAAAAUUCCAUGCCUUUCAAACAAUCUACUCAUAAAAAGAUGAUGGAGUUACAUAAUUAAAUUCACUUAGGAAUAGAUAAAAAACCCAAUCAAGUUAAGGCACCCUUUAAAGAAGUUUAAAAUAUUAUAAUUUUAAUUUUUUUAAAGCAUGUAACUGCUUAUAGUUUAAAUCUAAAGUUUAAGUUUUAAUAUAACUAGAAAAAAAAUCCACGCGGACCAGGCAGCAGACGGGACUCGAACCCGCACCCUUCGCAAUCCGGGCGAAUGCACUGACCAAUUAUGCUACCGCGGCCCUCACGGACCGUGUCGAAAUUCCUCUAGCCAUUCUUAAGCUGCAAGGCCAUUUGAGUCCCUAUCUGCUGCCUGGUCCACGUGGAAUUUUUUCUAGUUAUAUUUUCUUAAGUUUAAAAUAUGUUAAACUAUAAAUAGUUGGUGCAUUGAUUAAUAUUUCCACGCACAAUUCGUUAAUUUCAUAUAAAGAUAGCCCGUUGACAUUGAAAAAGACAUAGUUUUAAUUCAUUAAGUUUCUGUUCAUAUUCAAAAUUUAUGGAAUUAAUUUGAGCUAGAAACAAGAUGAACAAAAGGGUUGCUAUUAAAAAUGUAUUUGUGUUAUCGAUGAAGUUUAAAAUACACACAAAAGAACAACAGUCUUAACUCUAAGUUCUAGGAGAUUUGUAUAUUUCUUCCCAAAGCCGUUUGAGUAAUUUCAUUUAACGUAAUACGAUAUAACUUGUGAUAACUCUCCUCCAGUCUUUGACUUUGGACUAUUUUGUUUGUUUUCCUUUACUGUCAUUAUCUUUUUGGGAGUAGAGUUGAAAGAGCUAUUAUGCUGAUUGUAUAUAAAUUAAAGAGCGAAUCUAGUGGACCACAGAGGGUGUAUAAGGUUUUAUACUUAAUUAAGUCUGCAUCAUUUGCCUUAUGAUUUUAUCGUGUCUGAAGUCUGUCGGUAACUUUUCUAUGGAUUAAGUCACAGACAAUUUGCACAAGUAAUUUUUUUUUUGUAUUUCGUAUUGUUAUUCUUAUUAUAUUUAUUUUAUUUCUUCGCUAUUAUGCUUUUUAACAUUGGUACGGACCAGGGCUUGAAACCGGUUUCGAAAAUACCGGUAAACAAAUUUUAAUACCGGUUUUUAGCAAAGGUUUCGUUCGGAGCGCGUCCGAAAUGAAAGCGCGUCCUAAAACCUUAAUAAACAGGUUUAAUCCAGAGCGACACGUGCACGCGUCGGCAUCGCUUGAAGUUUGUUUUGUUUGAACUAAUCAAGUCACAACUUGUUAAUGCUUGAGAUUGAUGCAUUUAUUGACACGUUUGCUAGCGUCUAGUGAGUCAAGUUCUUCAUUUAUCAUCGAUGCCGUCAUAAAGAGCGAAAUGAAACCCUUUAAAAACCGGUAAAUUGAUUCAAAACCUAUUUGAUUUCGCUCUUUAGGAAAACCGGUUUUUUAAGGUUAAGGUAGAGCCAAAUCUAAAUAAAACGCUCCUAAUGUACUUGACACUGAUUUACGUUUGAAAAUUAACCGGUAAACAAGCCCUGGUACGGACGAAUUGAUGUGGAAAAUAGUUCAUUAAUUCCGAAACUACAACAAUUUCACUUUAGUUUUUGAUUCAGAUAGCGUUGGAAAGAACAUAGCCUAACACAGAUGUUGUUCACGCUAUUCAGGUUAUAUUUUUGAAGAAGCAUUAACUUGUUUUCUUAACGAAAAGUCCAGAUCGUUUAAAAUAAAUAAAAAUAUAAGUCACUUGAUAUACAACCAUUUUGCAACUAAAAAUUUGAUCGUAUGUAUACCAGAUAAUUUUCCAUUCAGACAGUACGUUACAUUAGCUGGUGAAACAUAUUUAAAUUAUACUUAUAAAAUGAUACACAAAAAAUUUUUUUGUUAUACAAAAAG